GUUGCCUCGUCUUAAUGGGUUGUGUGGUAUUGGUAGGAGUGGAGAUCUAUUUGAGAUAUGAGAAGGACUUUAUUAUAUUUAAUUGUGAUUUUAUUGUGUUUUUUUAGUCAUUGGUCAUUCUCAUUUCUUCGAAUUUUGUGGGUCUCAAUUAUUGGAGUUUUCUAGUCUUAAUCUUGUGGGAGCUUGUUUGAAGGCUGAAGUCAACAAUGAGGCCCCCACCCAAUAACUAUAGUCACGAAUACGGUGUCGUAUAAACUUUCCUUCCCCUUCUCUAUACAUAAUCAUCAAAUUCGUCCCUAUUAUACCAUACAAAUUAUCCACAUUUAAUAAUCCAUUAUUUAUAAUUUAUUCUUCGCCGGCGACGUUCGAUUAUGACUCCUCCGUCUACCUGUGUCGUUGUUUUUCUCGUGCUCUCGGUCUUGUUCGUCGCAGAUUGCCGUGAUUUCAUCAAGCUCCCUUCUGAAGCUCGCCGGUUCUUCAGCGGCCCAGAGGCCGGAGACGGUGCAGCUGACGGCGAUUCCGUUGGUACGAGAUGGGCCGUCUUGUUGGCUGGGUCGAGUGGCUAUUGGAAUUAUCGUCACCAGGCUGAUGUUUGCCAUGCGUAUCAAAUCCUAAAAAAAGGUGGCCUCAAAGAUGAAAACAUUGUUGUCUUUAUGUACGAUGACAUUGCAAAUAACGAAGAGAAUCCGAGACCUGGAAUCAUCAUUAACAGUCCUCAUGGUGAUGAUGUAUAUAACGGAGUUCCAAAGGAUUAUGUUGGAGAUGAUGUGACUGUGGACAACUUUUUUGCUGUCCUUCUCGGCAACAAAUCAGCAGUUACUGGCGGCAGUGGAAAAGUUGUUGACAGUGGUCCAAAUGAUCAUAUAUUCAUAUACUACUCGGAUCAUGGUGGCCCAGGGGUUCUUGGGAUGCCUACCAAUCCUUACCUUUAUGCCGAUGAUCUGAUCAAUGUUUUUAAAAAGAAGCAUGCUUCUGGAACGUAUAAGAGUUUGGUGUUUUACCUUGAAGCUUGUGAAUCUGGAAGUAUAUUUGAAGGUCUUCUUCCUGAGGACUUGAACAUAUACGCGACCACAGCAUCUAAUGCAGAAGAGAGUAGCUGGGGAACUUACUGCCCUGGAGAUAUUCCAAGUCCUCCCCCUGAAUAUGAGACCUGCUUGGGAGACCUGUAUAGUGUUGCAUGGAUGGAAGACAGUGACAUACACAAUCUUCGGACUGAAACUCUGAGGCAACAGUAUCAGCUGGUGAAGGAAAGAACUGCUAAUGGAAAUUCUUAUUAUGGCUCCCAUGUAAUGCAAUAUGGUGAUCUCAAGCUGAGCUUGGAGGAUCUCUUCAUGUAUAUGGGUACGAAUCCUGCAAAUGAUAACUAUACAUUUGUGGAUAACAACAAUUCUUUGCGGCUAUCUUUUUCAAAAGCCGUCAAUCAACGUGAUGCUGAUCUUGUACAUUUUUGGGACAAGUUUCGUAAGGCUCCUGAAGGCUCUGCUAGGAAACUCGAGGCCCAAAAGCAGCUUGUUGAGGCCAUGGCUCACCGAACACAUAUUGACAACAGUAUCAAACUUAUUGGAAAGCUUCUUUUUGGAAUCAAGAAAGGUCCUCUUGUUCUGAAAGAAGUUCGACCCGCUGGAGAGCCUCUCGUUGAUAACUGGAAUUGCCUUAAAUCACUGGUAAGAACAUUCGAGACACAUUGUGGGUCCCUAUCCCAAUAUGGCAUGAAACACAUGCGCUCGAUUGCAAAUAUUUGCAAUGCGGGAGUCAAUGAAGAACAGAUGGCCGAGGUAUCUGCACAGGCGUGCACUAGUUUACCGUCUUUCUCUUGGAGCUCUCUCCAUAAGGGUUUUAGCGCUUGAUGUUUGUUUUCGGGACAAACUUUUUCUCUUGGGGCUACUUGGCUAUGUUAAAUUAAAAAAAACCAUUAUUGUACAGCUCAGAAGAAUUAAAAUGGUGAUACUGGCUUGGUUGUUAUCUGUAGUUUUAUAUAUAUACUGCUGGUUUCUCUGUCUAUGUUGUACUUAUUUGCAGAAAAAGAAUUGCAAACUUGGCCAUUUAUUAUGUGUAAUGUAUGCAUGGUUAGCAGUGUGUCUUUUACUAUAUUUACUGUGUUAGCAAGUCUAAUGUUCUGC